AGCGCGGCUUUCGCUCGCGAAGCCGGCAAUGGAGCGGCUGUGGUGACGGCGGCGGCGAUAUGGCGGACCCGCUGAGCGUCGGCGUGAACCUGGAGGCCUUCUCCCAGGCCAUCAGUGCCAUCCAGGCGCUGCGCUCCAGCGUGAGCAGGGUGUUCGACUGCCUGAAGGAUGGCAUGCGCAACAAGGAGACGCUGGAGGGCCGGGAGAAGGCCUUCAUCGCGCACUUCCAGGACAACCUGCACUCGGUCAACCGGGACCUCAACGAGCUGGAACGUCUGAGCAACCUGGUCGGCAAGCCGUCGGAGAACCACCCGCUCCAUAACAGCGGCCUGCUGAGCCUGGACCCCGUGCAGGACAAAACUCCCCUCUACAGCCAGCUCCUCCAAGCCUACAAGUGGUCAAACAAGUUGCAGUACCAUGCAGGCCUGGCAUCCGGCCUUCUGAAUCAACAGUCGCUGAAACGCUCUGCUAACCAGAUGGGAGUGUCUGCGAAACGCCGGCCCAAGGCGCAGCCCACCACGCUCGUCCUGCCGCCUCAGUAUGUUGAUGACGUGAUCAGCCGCAUUGACAGGAUGUUUCCUGAAAUGUCCAUCCAGUUAUCCAGACCCAAUGGAACGUCAGCGAUGCUUCUGGUGACCUUGGGAAAGGUGCUGAAAGUGAUUGUCGUCAUGCGGAGCCUGUUCAUUGACCGAACGAUCGUGAAGGGCUACAACGAGAACGUCUACACAGAAGACGGCAAGCUGGAUAUAUGGUCCAAGUCCAACUACCAAGUGUUCCAGAAGGUGACAGACCACGCCACCACGGCCCUGCUGCACUACCAGCUGCCCCAGAUGCCAGACGUCGUGGUCCGGUCCUUCAUGACCUGGCUGAGAAGUUACAUGAAGCUGUUCCAGGCGCCCUGCCAGCGCUGCGGGAGGUUCCUGCAGGACGGCCUGCCCCCCACCUGGAGGGACUUCCGCACCCUCGAAGCCUUCCACGACACCUGCCGGCAGUGACUGCUCCUCCCCCCGGCGGGUCAGGAGUCAGACCGCCCAUGGCCCUCACCAGCCCCCCACCCCCCCAAGGACAGCCUGGCUCUGAGGCGGAGCCUCCGAAGGACAGACUCCGUCCCGGUGGACGGGACACCUUGCGGGCGGCACAGCAACCUUAGACCCGGGAUGAGGGUACCGGCGCGCUCGGUGGUCGCUCUGCCGCCCGGGGAAUCGCCCCGGGGUCGCGUUCCCAGUGUUUCCACGAGCCCGUGUUCGUGCAGUCACGCUGGCGUUGCGUUCUGUAACUUAUUUUUAUGACAAUAAACCUGUCCCAGCACA